CCCUCCCGUGUGCCGCACGUAAACACGUUCCAGGAGAAACCUGUGCUCCGCUGAAACUUGGUUCCGACCUCUUAACAUGGCGUCAGCAAUGCUCAAGGUUGCAGCAGCAGGCGUUUCCAGGUGUUUCACUCUCCUGAGGGGUGUCUCCACGACAACGCCGCUCUGCCAGGGCGUCCCCGGGGCCGUUUGGAAGCUGGGGAAGCUGAACCAUAUUGCCAUCGCUGUGCCCGACAUGGAGAGGGCCACAGCUCUUUACCGUGACGUGCUCGGGGCAACAGUAAGCGACAAGGUGCCCCUUCCUGAGCACGGGGUGUACACUGUGUUUGUGGAGCUUGGCAACACAAAGCUGGAACUGCUCCAUCCUUUGGGGGACAAGAGCCCCAUCUCUGGUUUCCUGCAGAAGAACAAGUCUGGAGGGAUGCAUCACAUUUGCAUCGAGGUUGAUGACAUUAAAGCUGCUGUGGCGGACAUGAAAGCUAAGAACAUCAGGACUCUGUCAGCAGAGCCUCGUAUCGGCGCUCACGGGAAGCCUGUCAUGUUUCUUCAUCCUAAAGACUGUGAUGGUGUGCUGGUUGAGCUCGAAGAAGCAUAAGCAUCUGUGCCUGGAACCAGGAGAAAACCUCCAUUUACAUGUAUAUAUUCCACUAAUGUGCAUUGUUCCUUCUAACACUUCUCAUUUCACUUCCUUUUUUUUUUCUUCUUCUCAUAUUCUCAUUCAUAUUUUCAUUUUGUAUUUAAAAAAAAUCGACACUCAAAGCCCACAUGGACGUACAAAAACACAAACAGUAGGCAGACAGGUUUUCCAUCAUUUUAAACUAAAUGUCUUAUGAUGUUCCCAAGCUUCCAACAAAAAAUUUGCCCUUCUAAAUUGUUGGAAAAAUAAACACAUACAUAAACACAUUAAACUUCAAAAAAAAUGUUUCAAUCUGUCUUCAUCUGACAUAUCAAACAAGAAUAAACAAAAAUGAACCAGAAAACAGUUCACUUCUCAGAUCGUGAUGGUGGAACAAUAAAACAAAAAAAUAUUUUUUUUGCAUUUUUGUGUUUGCAAAGGGAGCAUCUGUUUAAAUUUUAAAAUGUUGUCUCAAGAUAAUGUUUGAUUUUUGUGUAAAUAGCAGUAAAGAUUCUAUUUUGAGCAUCAA